AUGCUCGCCCAAAACUCGUACCAGCGCCGAGCUUCAUCCCCAAACGACUCUUCCUCCGAAUCUGCCGUUGAACAACAGCCAGUCCAUCCAUUGCGUCCUAAUACUCCCACUGCUUCUACUUCUGCAUCUUCUGCUGUCGGUGUGCGCCCAAACCGCAUGAAUAACAACAGUCGCACUGUCAGUUUCCGACCUGCCCGGUUCAUCAAAGCUGCUCCAGCACCAGCCAACCCUGAGCAUGUAUCUGAGGACAUGAAAGGUUUUGUUCAGGCAUUCGAUAACUACAGUCAAAAGGUCUAUAUUGAAGGCUACUUGUUCAAGCACAACACCAGCGAGAGCUCGCGGACACGUUGCUUUGCAGAACUUUCCGGAUCAACCUUGUCAAUGUGGGACGCCGAAGUCCAGUCUCAGCGAGUCAUGCCGCAGUACACGAUCAUCUCAGGCGCCGUUGUCGAGCAACAAGACAAGCGCAUGUUUGUGCUGCACCUCAUGUCGACGAAAAAGCAGCAGACGAUCCAACUCGAAGCGUCGGACGAGUCGACGUUGAUGCGAUGGGUGUGUGCCGUGCGACUGGCUUGCUUUGAAAAGAAAAAGCUUCACUUGAUGUUUACCCAGAAGCUGCUGUUGCAACAUUUCGACCCAGCUGCAGACAUCCAUCACAAAUGGGAGGCGCAAUGGCAAGUAUCUAUGCCGGGAGGCGACUGGCAAAAGCAGUAUAUCACUCUCGAACCAGCGCCGGGCCAGCAGCAACAGCAACGUAGCACCAAACUGUUUGGCGGUAGUGGCAGCAAGGCAGCUGCAAUGUCGGGCGGCGAGCGCCAGUUGGUCAUCAUGGAUAACAAAAAGUCGAAAUCACCAACAUUGACUAUGACAGCGGUCACCCAUGCCUACGCUAUUUAUCCCGAACUUCCACAAUUGAUCGACAAGAGCUGCAUCAUGCGCAUCGACGGCCUUGUGUUAGGUAAAGGUGCCAAGCAACCUGAAGAAGGCCAUAUCUUGCUCAUGGCCGAUAACUGCCAAGACAUGUCCUUGGGCUUGUUGGCAAUCUUUGAUGCGUACAAGCUGCACGGCCGACCUCAGCAGCUUUUUACGGACCCAACAAACGAACAUUCUCUCAACUAUGGAGACUCUGGAUCACCUCGUCUGUUUUUGGAAACAGAUGAUGUCGUGUUGGCUAUGGACCGACUCAAGGACAGCAGUGAUGGCGGCAGCAGCAGCGGCAGCAGCAUCAACAACACCACCAUUUUUAUGGAGGCCUUGCAUAAAAAGCUCUCCGAACCGAUCCGUCCACCUGGGGGUAUGCGUGCCAACAGUCUUCCCUUGAUCACUGUGGCCUGCGAAGACGGGACCUCGUCAGUUGCCAGUGCGACCACAUCUUUGCCUUUGCGCCAACGCUCUGCAUCUGCAGGCAUGGUCUACGAUAGUGACGACGAUAGCGAGGAAGAUGAUGAAGCUGGACAAUCACGUGCUGCUACACGUCGUCGCCCGUCCAGAGACCCUCGAUACAAGUUUUCGCGGCAGGUCGCUGAUUCGAGUGAUGAAAGCGAAGAAGAGGACGAGGAGGAUGAAGAUGAAGAGGAGGAAGAAGCAGACAGUGACGACGAACCGAUUGCGAAAACCAAAAGCAAUCUUGCAUCGCGUGCUGGUUCCACAGCCGGCGUGUCAACAUCUAACAAAUCCGUGGCGGAUUCGCUGAUACCCGACUUUGACUUUGGUAACGGGUUCGAUGUGUCUCGCUCCACAAGUGCUCUUUCCAGCGCUUCAUCCCCUUUGCUAGAAACACCAAGUGAAGGUGAUGUCAUGGCUCUUAGCACUAGCAGUAGACAAGGUUCAAUUGCUUCCACCUCACAUAAGGAUCUGUCGCAUCAGCAACAACAAGCACAGCAGCAGCAGCAACAGCAGCAACAGCAACAGCAACAGCAGCAUCAGCAGCAGCAUCAGCAACAAGAAGCAUCGUCUUCUCUUUUUGGAGAUUUUUCAUUGUCCAUGGAUUUUGGAAAGUACAUGGAGCAAAAGUCGUCGUUCUCGUCCGAGGCUGCACGCAAGUAUUCGUUGCCCGCGAAUGUCAAGCUCUCCGAGCGAGAGUCUGUCGAUCGCCAAUCGGGUGGUGGAAGCAGUGCCAGCAGCUACUUUGGUCAUCUAUCGCCCUCGGUUGACUAUGCGCACCGGCGACGAUCGUCGUGGGAUCCCCAACAGGGUCAGUGGAUGGACGAAUAUAACGACUACGACUCUUAUUACAAACGGUCCAUGGAUCGCCGCCAUCCAUACGAUGUUGAUCACGAUGGAUAUGACAACGACGAUGCACCUAUGAUUCCAUCCUUGAGCGACCACUUUGCACCCCAAAACAGCCUUUUGGAUACAUACCUAGGCGAGCAGCUUACCGCCAAGGAACAGAUCCAGUACUGCCGUGCGACAGGACAGCCUUUGAUUCAGGUCGAGAAUUCAAAACCCCAUGUGCCAGAAGGCGGAUUUGUAGGCAUGAUUUCGCGUCGUGAAAAGGAUCGCAAAGAAGGCAACAACCUUCGAGUGAACGAACGUGUCCAGCAGCAUCACGUGGAUCGGUGUAUGCUCGAGCGCGAAAAGGAGCGACGACUGUUUGAACAGCGGCAACAACAAUGGAUGAAGCAUCAUCAGCAGCAACAAAUAAUGAUGUACAAUAACGGCCACAUGCCUUGUCCUCCUCCUCCUCCUCCUCCUCCACCAGGCAUGCCAGCUAUGUAUCCACCUCCUGCUCCGCCCAUGCACCCCUAUAUGGCUGGACCUGCUCCACCACCACCACCUCCGCAGCUGUCGAUGGGUAGUCCUCUUACACCAACAAGUCCCAUGUCGCCUGGGCCGCAGUAUAUGAUGUUACCCGGUGGAUACAUGUCUCCUACACAAGGACCUGGUCUGCGUCCAAACGGUCCACGAAGCCCAAGCAUGUCUUCUCCUGCUAGUCCUAGUAGUCGAAGAUCUUCACGGCCACUCCUUGACGAGAUUGAAGAUGACUCCCCUGUAAUGAUGGCACGGUAUAAUCAUCCUGCUGCGGUUCGCAGCAGAAAUUAG